UCUAUCGAGAGAACUGAGCACAGGUGUGACUUCAUUCGCUGGCAUUGGUAAACAGUGGCCGGACGAUGAACGCAGGUUAACAAGUGUGUUAAUGGUCACCAGGAUGUCAACUCAGCAGGCUGAGCCAAGGCUGCAUCCCGGGGUCAUUGUAUCUGUGAUCUUUGUUACUCUGGCAGCGAUUGUUGCUGCCAUAUUGAUCAUCAAGAAAUACUGCUUCCCAGUCAAUGAGGCCACAUACAGGUACUCUCUGCUCAAGCGGCUGGAGGAUCAAGGCUCAGUAGUGACAGAGGAAGACAAUGACAUGGGGCCGGACACAGUGGGAGAGGAGUCAGAUGAGGAUCUCUUGGAAUAAACGGGGGGCGGCGUGGGAGGUGGAGCAGUCGUCUGGUAAUUGGAGGGUUCCCGAUUGGAUCCCCGGUUCCUUCAGCGAGCGUGUUGAAGUGUCCUUGAGCAAGACACUUAACCCUGUAAUUGCUCCUGAUGGGCAGCUUGGCACCUUGCACGGUAGCCUCUCCCGUCAGUGUGUGAAUGUGUGUGUAUGAAUGGGCAAAUGUGAGGUUGUAAAGCGCUUUGAGUGGUCGGUAAGCUUGAAAAGCGCUGUAGAAAUGCAGUCCAUUUACAAUAAAUCUGGCAGACUGCUCUUGGAUAACCUGAAAAGGAGUUUCGGGUUAGUAUGAAUUGUUUGUGUUUCUCGAUUUGCAUUUCCUAACUGCACUGAAUUUCGAUCAGCACGUUACCUUUGUGUUUAGUGAGAGAUGUUGCAGUUUAGCUUUAUCUGUAUUAUUACUGGAAUUGGUAGGUCACAUUGUGGGACUCAUAUCAAUUGAUGCCCCAGUGCUGAAUUCACUUGGCCAUAUUGAAGAUUUUUAGCUUUUUAACUCAUAACCAUAACCAAUCAUGACUUAUAAUAAAGACAUACUUUUAAAUCGCCGACUACCAACCUAAUGCAUGAUGAUAAACACAGCUGUCCCAUACUUUAGCUGUGUCAAAAGUCCAAUAAAAACCUCAACAGUUUUUUAGAUGUUCAGUAAUUUCCUCCCAUCAUAAUUGACUUCCAGUUGCAGUUACCCGAAUUGUAUUGUUCUUGUCAUCCUUACAUCAACCAACUUUACAUAAAUUUGCUGUGGAGUUCAAUACAUGCAGGCUUUUUAAUCGGCAGCCUUCUGCUGUUUUUUUUUUUUGUUUUUUUUGACAGCUGCAUCAUAAUCCCACUGACCUAUUAUAAAUAAAUGUACCAUACAGAAGAUGGGGGAAAAAAAGCAAACCUCCACCUGCUUGGGAAUGAUGAGUGAACAUUAUUAUGUCAGCAUCAGUGUCACAUGAUGCUAGUGUUGGGCGAUUAUUAAUAAAAAUUCAUCAUUCCACUAUGUAUCCAAUUACCAUAUGUAUGGCCAAGGAAAAUGAGCAAUGGAAUCAGUCUUGUGGCAUCAGUGUGUUCUGGGUAGCGGUUCAAUUUUCUUGACAGACGUUAUUAGUAGCAUGUGCCUCUGCAAACAUCUGCUGAUGGGCUUUCGCAUUGGAAUUGUUAAUGAUACUGACUUAUUUGUUUUGCUUUAGAUUUCGGUGUACAAUUAAGUAUUAUUCAUGUUGGUUAUUAAAUGCUUUUCAUGCCGGUGGGUUGGCUGGCAGGGGUGUGUGUGCCACCUGCUCACAUUGGCCCAACUCUUCCUCCAAGCCAUGCUCUUUCCCUCUCCUGUCUAGUAGAGUAGCAGUGCUAUAAAGAAAUCCUCUGCUGUUGCUCACUUGUUGGUGACAGAACAGCUGUGUGAACUGUGAAACUAGACCAAGGUCUUCCUGUAUUUAACAUUCAAUAGCUGAUUUACGUGUCUCAUUGUUGUUUCUUUUGUGCAUGGUCAUAUUGCUGAAAUGAAACAGCCAUGGCCGGAUUUUCACUGAAUAAAUAUCAAUGUGUAUUUACUUUCCUACAUAAUGUCCAGGAGUACAUUGUGUUCCCUGUGGAUCUGCAGCCACAGCACACAAAGACCCUCUACUGGUCGUCUCAAGUAUCACACCAUGCAUUAAACUUUGUUAAUGUCAUGAAUAUCUGCAGCCUGGAUGGAGAGCCCUUGAUACGUCACGACCUUGAAAAUUCCCCAGCAUACUACAGAACACAUCAUUA